CCGGAAGUGCCGCCGCUGUGGACCUGCCCGGCGGACAGAGGAGCACAGAGCAGCUCCGGAGCUCCACGGCCCGCUACAGCAUGGACCGAGCGGCCGUGGUGAAGGUAGGGGCCGCGGCCAGUGCCAGUGUGUGCGCGCUGUUCGGAGGAGUGGUCCUGGCGCAGUACAUCGUGGCCAAAAAGAAGCGAGCGGGAAAGAAGACGCGUAUCAUCGAGAUGAUGCCGCAGUUUGAGAAGAACACAGUCCACAUGAAGGACCCUGAGAGAGUGGAGCAGAUCAUCUGUGGCCUCAUCAAGGGCGGAGCUAAUAAACUACAGAUCAUCACAGACUUCGACAUGACGUUAUCCAAGUUCCAAGUCAACGGAAAACGCUGCCCCACCUGCCACAAUAUUAUUGACUACUCAAAGCUGGUGACAGACGAGUGCAGACAGAAGUUGGUGCAGUUGAAGAACCAGUACUACCCCAUCGAGAUCGACCCCCAGCUCACCAUGGAGGAGAAGUAUCCCUUUAUGGUCGAAUGGUACUUUAAGUCCCACACUCUUCUGGUGGAGCAGCGGCUACAGAAGGACAAACUGCCCGAGGCUGUGCGAGACUCAGACGCUGCACUCAGAGACGGAUAUGAGCAGUUCUUCGAUCGUCUGCAUCAGCACAAUGUUCCCGUGUUCAUUUUUUCUGCUGGUUUGGGAGACGUCCUUGAGGAGAUUCUCAGACAGUCCGGAGUCUACCUCCCUAACGUCAAAGUGGUCUCCAACUUUAUGGACUUCGACGACAACGGAGUGAUCCGAGGUUUUAAAGGAGAGCUGAUCCACGUCUAUAACAAACAUGAUGGUGCUUUGAGGAACACAGAGUAUUUUAAACAGUUAAAGGAAAACUGUAAUAUCAUUCUAAUGGGAGAUUCACUGGGAGACCUGAGCAUGGCUGAUGGAGUCCCCAAUGUCGAGAAUAUCCUCAAGAUCGGCUUCCUCAACGACAAGGUGGAGGAGCGGUUGGACAAAUACCUGGAUCAUUACGACAUUGUUCUUGUUCGAGACGAGACGCUGGAGGUGCCCAACGCCAUUCUGCAGAAAGUGCUCUGAGUCCAGCCCCCCGCCCACCCCUGCCUCAGAGAGAUCGAACCCACAGCCUCUAACGGAGAGGAGACAGGAUAACCACUCUGCCACAGUCACACAGGGAGAACGUGCACACUCCACUCAGAGAGAUCAGGAGUCUAACCCACAACCUCCUGGUGAGAGGGAGGAGACACACAUGUUUCUGAGGAGGACAUUAGGACAGGUCUAAAUGAGAGGAGACAGUUCCUCUGGUUGUGUCACUCCUGCUCUCUCCCCUCUUUGGAUCUACUGCUUGGCACAGACUGGUUUUUAAAAGUGGUGAAGUGAAAUUGAAUACAUUUGAUGAUCUAGUCCAUCCCGGAACAUGUUAGUAAUACUCUGUGUAGUAAAAGUACAUUUUAAGAUACGGCGCCACAGCAGUGCUCAAAAGGAGUAGGCAGAUGUAAAGGCUUAUUAUUUGGAGGUAGGGACGGGACGAUAUUCAAAUUUAGUCUCGUGAUUAUUUUGUCCAAAAUAAUUGCAAUUAACGAUAUUAUCACGAUAAUUAUUAAACCAAGCAUUAGUUUUUUUUGUUUUUUUUAAAUCACUAAAACAUCAAAUACCAUACAAUUUGCAGUUUAACAAUAAAUGAAUAAUAAAUGUGUCAAUUAUAUAACUCUUAACUAUAAAAAACACAUGAACCAACCUGAGAAAGCCCCAGAAAAAGGAUCUGGUGAAGGACAUGCUGCAUCAACCAUCAGCUGUGCAAAAUGGUUGAUACUAGCUAUUAACUAGUGCCAACCGAGCGAUAGAAAGUCGACAAAAACACAUACCCAUUAUUCAUACAAAUCCAAACUAAAAUACUACAUUCUAUAGUUUAUUUCACAUGUUAUUUUAUCUACAAUGGAUAUUUUCGGCUCAAGUUUGUCAAACAAAGCAGGAUGGUUGUGUAGUAAAUGUACGUGUAAGUAACUGGUGUUUGUCCUUGGAGCCGUUGCUUUUUUUCGGUGGCUCAUCUUGUUGGUCUUGUUUUUCAAAGCUAAUAAUAAUAUAAUACUUCCACACAUCAGACUUCACCUUCUAGAGUGGAGGAUGUCAUCCGAAUGCAGAUCCACUGCCCACGAGCCAUGAUGGUGACUGAGGUGAAGAAUCAUCCCCAAUUCAGAACAGGCACAGAAGCUAACAAGUGUCAUUGUUAUGACAGAGCGACCCCUUGUGGACAAACACAGAACUAACAUCUAAACAUUGUAUUGAACCCAGAAACAUGAGUCAGUCUGGUGUCGUAAGGCCGAUUAUAAUCAUGUGCAAUGAUCAAGAUUAUUAAAAAAUGCCACAAACAUUUAAUUGUGGACCUUUUUGGUCGCGAUUAGCGUUAUUAUUGUAUAUCGUCCCAUCCCAAGUUGGAGGUAGCAUGAAUCCAUACCAUAGAAACCCAUACAAAACCAUACUUAGCACCAUUGUCCAUGGAGAGAGAUACGUUUUAUGCCAUACUACAAAAGAUGAUUUUAUUAUUUUUAUAAAGAGACGACAUUUCCAUGGAAACAAGCAUUAGGAGGCCCUUGUCCAGGCCAAAUACGAAUCAGCUUUGUAGAGAUGCAAGCCUCACAGUAAGGAUGUAUGUUUUUCAGUGCAAUGAACACAACCAAAAUGAAAAAAGAACAUGCAUCUAUAGUCUAUUUUUUGGCUAAAAAGUUACAUAUCGUGGCUUUAAUUGAAGAUAAUUGACUUCUAAGCUGGUGUGUACUGUUACUGCUAUCAACAGUCAGUUUCUGUACCCACCCCACUCCUUUUUAUCAAAUCAUGUCAGUGCCAUCUGCGUUUUCACGUCUUAAAAUAAACACAAUAUUUGGAGUAGCCCAUCACAUUUUAAUAUGGGCAAAUAUAUUGUAUUUUAUGUAUUUUAUAAUUAAUAUUUGACUUUUAUUGUGCCUAAAAUUGUGACAAAAGUGCUUUUAUUUUGAAAUUGCCUUCACAUUUUCCACCACUGAACACGGUCUGUGC